CUGAGAGCCGAUCUAUAAUUGGUCACACAUAUACCGUUUACACAGCGCUGGCUCGACAAUAUAAAGGACAACCUCGUUGCAGACGUGUUGCUUCGAGGCCUUUUGUACCACCUCAUUGAUACCACUCAAGUCUAAGUUCCCCAGCCUUUCGUACCUCAAGCUCCUUCUGUUCAACAGACUAUGUUAGACCCACUGCUCUCCAAAGACCGAAUAGUUAACGAGGCAGGCCUCAGAGCCGCCUUGCAUCAUCUGGACGCAAUCUCAAGUUCAGGAGCAACCGCAUUACAAGCCACAGUUGAACAUAUGUUGUCAUCACCCCAUGUUUUUGCAUAUAUCUUUUCUGUUUGGGAUCGCCGCGAGGCAAUGAUAUCACAGAUCAUAACAGACUUUCCAACGAACUCUCAAGAAUAUUCAGCAUCCAUUGCGAAGAAGCUGCUAGACAGUCUUUCUAUGUACUUUUUAGCUUUUCCAGUCGAAUCUCUAGCGAUGGAUGUUUCAAGGGACAUCAGCCGCCACAGAGGCUUCGUCGAGGGCGCUUUACCCGUACUUUGCGCGUUGAGCACCAUGUCAUUUGCUGGUGCAGGAUCAUUUGAAGACGAAAUAGAUCCCUUCGACAUCGAAUCUGAUGAUGGAUUCGUCAAGAAGAAAGUUACUCAGAAAAUGCGCAAGCGUAAUCGCCUGAAAGCUCAUACGGCUAUCGACGCGUCGCUCUUUGUGAGGCUCGGAGUUGUUGUGCCUCUCACGAGCGAGGCUGCCGCGUCAUUGACUAGUUACAUUCUCGCGGAGCUGAGAAAUGCUCUCUCGUUCUACCUCUCGCUUCUGCGGACGACGGAAUUGGCAGGCGACAUCAAAGCCUUACUCCUCCCAAACGUGGGAGAUUCUGCCCAAGAUGCGGCGCCUGAGAUUUCGUCAACCGAGGAUGUCGAGAGCCCGAUAAUCCGACCCAAUGCGUACCCAAUGGUACAGCCUAUGAAGGCUGCGCUUUACUUCGAGAACGCGGACGGCUUCGGAGAGUGGCGAAUCCUCAUAUCUACGGAAGCCUACAAGAAUUUGCGUGAAUUCCGUAGAGCAGAUGAGAAGAUAUUCAAGAUCAUUGUUAAGAAGAUCAAACAACUAUCGAAUGGCCAUUUCUCGGAUGAUAAUCACAAGCGACUUAAUGGGCCAGAUGCAGGCAUACCUAUCCACGAGGCCAAGAUGACAAGGGACCUACGAUUAGUAUACCAGAUCGAUUGUGUCCCUGACCAAGAUGGACAGUCCGAAAGACAAGUAAUCAAGGUAUACGGCAUUUAUACGCAUGCUCAGCUCGGCAGAAUAUGGGAUGCCUUGGGUUGCCAUCUCGCACGCAAGGGCAGAGAAUAUCGUAGAAGGUGUAUCUUUCGGAACAGACCAGCCCUGUCUAAUGACAGCGUGAUUCUUCCUGCAUCAUUCCCACCAGCUGAACCCGAGUCAGAAUGCUCAGGAAGCCCACUCGAUCUGAGUGAUAAGGACAUGGAUCGCCUUCACUCUUUACUUGUUUUGGAGAAAUAUGUCACGUUCUCCCAAGCGUUCCUGCGUAGUCUCAUCGCAAACCAAGACGUGCAGCACGUCUUCAUACUGACACCUCAAGAACAAAAAAUUGUGGAGUGCACCACGUCAUGUUACGUCUUGGGCCGCAGCGGCACGGGAAAAACCACGACCAUGCUGUUUAAGAUUCUCGGUAUCCAGCGAGCUUGGGAGAUGAGUGCCGUUGAAUUACCGAAGCCGCGUCAAAUCUUCGUCACCAAAUCCAGAGUGCUCGCCACGAAAGUGGAAGAGUAUUUCACGAAGCUUCUCGAAUCUCUGGCAUUAGCGGGCUACACUCUGGAGGAACUUGCAAAAAUGAAAGCACAAAGUGUUCAGGAGGGCCUUGUUGAUCUCGACGAUUUGCCCGAAUCACAGAUGAAUAUACCCAUGAAAUACAGCGAACUUGAGGAUAAACACUUUCCUCUUUUUGUGACUUUCGAUCGACUGGCAAAGAUGGUCGCGGCAGAUAUCUUAAGUAAGGAUGUCUCCGAAACAAGAGAUAGUGCAGGUCUUUUCUUCAAUGUUGACGAUGCUGAGGCGCAUGACUGUUUUGUCACCUAUGACGUAUUUGCAAAUCAAUAUUGGCCUCAUUUUCCGCAGAAUCUCACUAAGAGUCUAAACCCGUGGUUGGUUUUCAGCGAAUUCAUGGGGAUCGUCAAAGGCUCCGAACACGCCCUGACCUGUCCUGAAGGAGUUCUCGAUCGCCCAAACUACCUUCGUCUUCCUCAUCGUUCUAACCCAAAUUUUGCCAAUCAGAGGGGAAUUUUGUAUGACAUCUUUGAGCAUUAUACGAAAAUGAAGAGGCAGCGACGUCAUCAUGAUAUUGCAGACCGUACGCAUGCAAUACUCAAGGUCUUGCGGAGCCAGAAGUUCCCUGGCCAGCAGAUCGAUUAUUUGUAUGUCGACGAAGCGCAAGACAACCUUCUGAUCGACGCACUCUUUUUGAGGCAGUUAUGCAGGAAUCCGGACGGUUUGUUCUGGGCUGGGGACACCGCACAGACAAUAUCUGCAGGAAGUUCCUUCAGGUUUGAUGAUCUGAAAGCGUUUCUCUACCGUGUGGAGCAGCAAAAUACCACGGUCAAUUCCGCUGGUGCAUGUCUUCAUCAGCCUAUGAUGUUUCAAUUGGCGAUCAACUACAGAUCACACGGUGGAAUAGUCAACUGCGCGCAUUCUGUGAUCGAACUUAUCACAAAAUUUUGGCCCAACACAAUCGAUAACCUUCGGCCAGAACAGGGGGUGGUUGAUGGGCUGAAGCCUGUAUUUUUUACUGGUUGGGAUAAAGACACUGUUCGUUAUGAACAGUUCUUGUUCGGGGCGAGUGGUAGUCACAUUGAAUUCGGAGCGCAGCAAUGCAUUCUCGUGCGUGACGAAGCAGCACGUCAAAAGUUGCGAGAACAAGUUGGUGAAAUUGGACUGAUUAUGACGCUUUACGAGAGCAAAGGCCUGGAAUUCAAUGAUGUACUGUUGUAUAACUUUUUCGAGGAUUCUGUUGUAGAUCUGUCACGAUGGCGCAUAGUGCUCAAUGGGGUAGACGGUGAAGGACAUGCACCGAACUUCGAUCGUGACGAGGCGCGAUAUGCUGGGGUUUGUAGCGAGCUCAAACUUCUUUAUGUGGGAAUCACUCGAGCAAGGAAAAACAUGUGGAUCGUUGACAAGUCUGAUAGAUCAGACCCGAUGCGUAUAUUCUGGACUUCUCGCGAUCAGGUCCAGAACUGUACCCCGGGCACUGAUGUCCCUCAUCUAGCCGUCUCCUCGACUCCAGAAGAAUGGGCCUCCUUCGGGCGCUCGCUAUUCUCGCACAAGCGCUACUCGCAGGCUAUCCACUGCUUCGAACGUGCUAACCUUCGUCGUGAGGUGAAGGUUUGUGAAGCAUAUCAACUGCGAGAAGUCGCACGUUCUAGGGUCGGAGUGGCCUUACUCAGCGACCAAAAAAGAGCUUUUAACGCGGCUGCCGACGCCUUCACUGAUUGUGGUGCGACCGCGACAGGAAGUCAGAAGCUUCAAUAUUAUCGUAACUCGGCGGAAUGCUAUGUUCGAGCAGGAGAUGAUCUUAAAGCUGCCGAGGCCUAUCUCAAUGCUCAAGAGUUUGAGCAAGCAGCGAAGAAAUAUCGCAAGGCUGGACGGUUUGACAAGACCCUGCGUGUCCUUGAUGAUCAUGGCACGAUUAUCCCUGAAGAAACUACGACGGAGUUAUGGACUGUAUGCAGAUUGUUUUACUGCAGCAGGAACAACACCAAAGCUCCCUUGCCUCUCUUCUCGACAUUCGAUGAGGAACUCGAAUUCCUGGAGGACUAUGAUCUUGAUUUUGCUCGUGCCUCUCUGCUUGAAUCUCACUCAAGGUACUAUGAGGCCGCAGAACUUCACUUGUCAGAGAAUAGGCCCUUGGAAGCUGUUCGGGCAUUCAUCAAGGACAAUGGCAACGCCAAUUCUACUGCUCGUGCGGCUGACACUAUAUUGGAAUACUUCUGGCGCAAAUGCUCCUUUAGAAUCACUGCAAAAACACUUGCUGACGAGUCAAUGUCGCAUUUCAUCGCUCUUGCUGAUCAGCUGGACGCGAGCAGACUAGCGCCUGCAACUCGAGACCUAAUAUCAAUGUUCCAGAUCAUCUUGCGCGGAAAUCAUGAGCCAUUAAGAAGUCUUGCGCUCAACUUCCAUCAACAUAAUAACCAGCCAGCGGUUCUCCUUUGCCUGGACCACAUAUUCUCUCGAACCACAGAUAUUCGAACUUUUGCGGUUGAUGAAAUGCAACGGUUCCUUCAGCAAUUUCAUGCCUAUGCGCGAGUGCUGUAUCUUAUUUCGACCAUCCCUGACCCCAUGGACUCGGAACAUAGGGGUAUCCAGAGACUGUUCUCCAUCGUGCAGUUGUCUGGUGACGAGUUUCUCAUACCAGAUGGAACGUUCCUCCACAACUGUGUAACAGAAUUCCGUCAAGGCAUCGCGGUAAGGGAACAUGCGUCUGGGUAUGCAGCCUCUCGUAGAAAUGCCACCGAGCUACUACAACGAUCCAUUCGAAUGAUCUUGAAAGACAAAGUGUCGGAGAUCGAUGCUAUGUGUUGCAAAUCUCCUGUUUUCUCGCAAUGCUUGCAAUUCUUGAUAUCUGGAGGAUGUCGAAGAGAGAACUGUCCCCAGGAGCAUGUUGCACUAUCGAAAUUGGAUCGUCGGUAUUACAAUAGCCGUGUUGCCAUCCACAUCUGGCAGAUUCUCAUCUUGCAAUUUAUGUAUUCUGCUCACCCACGCAUUGACCGACGCAAUAGCAUGAGGGACUGGCUCAAGCAUCUUUACGAAGCCAUCAAUCCACCCUUCUUCACUCAAGGUUCCCCUGCGGACCUUGACAUGAACCUGAUGCCUCUUCGUCAAGAUGGUAUGAAAGUCGUGAAGCUCUGGAUCCGCGAAUCCUUCUACUCGCUCGACCCAUUCUAUACCCAGGCUCAAUUUUUGACGGUGUUGAUGGGGAUAACCAGUCUAAGUUUCGCUUUCGACAAGAACGACGCACCUCUCUACAUCUCUCGAGCAAAAUGUACGGUCUCCGGACCGCGAGAACUUCUUCGCAAGUGGGACGGCCGUUACAUGGUUCAGGACUUGCUCAGUUCUUACCAAGGAGCUACCAGCACCAGCAUCUCAUCUGGAAUUAUAUAUAUUCUGCAUGUUCUCAAUAAUCGUUUAUAUACCAACCUCUCCGUACUGUGCGAUUGUAUCGAGGAUAUCUGCAGCGCUUUUAUAAUCAAGUACCGAAUGGACCCGAGCUUUAAUAGGUUUCCCCUUCAUAACGUUGUCCUUCCAUGCAACUGGCUGCUGCUUCCCCACAAAUUCACUGCGGAGAAAGAGACUAAUAUGUCUUUGAUGGGCAAGCUUCUUGACGAGAUAGGGAGGCUGGUCGAAGCAUUGCGCGUAGAAGCCGGCAUGGAAUUUCUCUGGUUGAACCAUACAAAAUUUACGCCUAUUAUCCGCAAUGUUUUCAUUUCCCGGAUCUGCAGGGUUCUCUGCCUUAUUGCUCACCACAUCAGGAAUCGCUUAAUGAAAGCCCAAGUAUACAAUAUCAUUCUUGCUCUGCACAAGAAUAACCCUCCUUCGAAUUGGCGUCCAGCUAACUAUCGGAAGCUUGUGGACGACGUGGUCAGGUACAUGACACCCUUGCCGGGACGGACGCCACCCUCAGACGCUUUUCUGCGAGCUCUCCUGGCUUUCGACAACAACAAAGGAGUGAGCAACCUGGUGCAUCUUGUCCACAAAACGAUGAUCCAGGAUACCCGAGUCUAUGUAGUCCGACGGCUCGUAUACGAGAAGAUCAUCGAGAUCCCUCAUCUCCUUUCAUCGUACGCGGUGAUCGCACAGUCUACUCUGAGAGUAGAAGCCCCAGCCUUUGUACCUCGCUCGGGACAUUCCAAGGAUCAACCAGAGGUCAUGCAGCACGACGAGAAAGAGAUAACAGAAUCGGAACCUCAAGAGUUCGAGGGAGAAGAAGAAAAGGAGGAAGACGCCACAGCGAAUGCUGACCCCGAGACCCGUGAUGAAAAGGAGGAAGACGUUACAGCAAAUGCUGAUCCCGAGACCCGUGAUGCCUUGGAGACUUUGGAUGAGGCAGUGUCGUUGCUUGCUCCUGAUCUUGAUGAGUCACUGCGCUCCAACGGACCAUCGGUGGAGGAGGAAAAGGCGGCUUGCAAUAUUCAGAAUGCAUACCGCCGUUACGUUAGACGUCGCUCGAGUCGUGCAGUGAAUGCCGAAAUCGAUGCGAUAUUCAUAACAUGCUUGAAGGAGACGCAGUCCUCUGAAUGGCGUCCGGGUUAUUACAGCUUCCUUUUCCUUGGACCAUUACCCCACCUUCUGGUAUGCCUGGAACGAGGCAUUUCUCUGACUCACGCUACCAAAGCGAAGACGAAAGGCCUUUUCAACAAAGAGUCUCAUGAAAAGCUUGAGGAGUUGGGCAAGCAGAGAAGCGAGAUAGCAGCGCUCCUCAGAAUGGGACUGAGAUUGCGCAAGCAGCUCGAACCUUCCUCACCCGCCCAUCGCGCCCGUGACAUUGGCGCGCUCAUACACGGAGUCCUAGAGGUCAAGGAAUUCAUGCAGAGGGUUCCCGGCAACAUGCAAGAUAUGCAAUCCGACUUUCAAAUGGCCUAUAAAGGCAUUGUUGCAGAGAAAAAGGUUCACGCACCAAAGGAGAAAGAGAAACCUGUUCUGAAUGUCGAGGAUAUCGACGAUUAUUGAUUUGACUUGGUCGAGACCGCCAUUUCGUUUGUGUAUCAUUGUAGUACUAAUUGUACAGUACGUAUUUCCGUAAUGAGUGUGUGCACGAUCGAGAGAACGAACGUUAACGAAAGUGGACAAUACACGGGUUAUUAUCUUAGGCGUUCAUACACACAACCCACUCUAUGUGGGAACUUCCC